AUGAAUAAAAAUCACAAUGAUAUCAAUAAGAAACCGGCCAACCGUUAUAUCUUAUUCAGAGCUUGUUUAUCAAACGCCGUGUCAAAAGAGCUGCAUUGCACCGAAUCAUUAUGCCUUUUAUCCGCCUUAGCUAAUUCGGCUAACAAUGGCGAUAGGAAUCGGAGUUUUGUUCAAAAAAACAAUUAUGCAUAUCCAUACUCAUACCCAGCUCAAUAUAUCAAUAUCAUAGUGACGCCAGAGCACACAUCAAAUGGAUCAAACAUAAUAAUGCUUCCGAGAACAACUUCCACUUCUUCAAACCUCUCAUUUUUUGACAUUGGAUCUGGAUAUUCUACGGAGCCGCGAGUGGAUCUAAUUAAUUAUCCAGUCGCUGGAUUCCAACCCUUUACAAACAAAGAAUCUUCCAAACUUAGUCUCUUUCGAAGUUCCAAAUAUUUAGCUUUGCAAAAUUCUGAGGAUUCAACCAUUUCUGUGAAUAACUCACAUUCUUUUCACUCUCCAAAUAAUUCAAUUUUUGAUCCUUCGGAACCUUUAAGCAUAUCUACUAUACAAUGA